GAAAUUUGACGCUUACAACGCUUUCACUUGCGAAUUUGUGAUGUAAUCGUGGAUUUGUUCGAAGGUUUUGUGAAAAAGGAUCAGCCAUUGGCAUGUCAAUGAUUGCUGUCUUUUACGCAAAUGCUCGUAGAACUUGGAAAACUUUAAAUCAUCUGGAUUAUUUGGAAUCAAAUACCACUCACAUCUUCCAAUGCAAACGCCGAAAACACACUUUGUCAAAUGUAAAGCCGGCCAUGCAGACUUUGUCAAAUGUGAAGACACGAGCGGCUCCAGCAAGAACAGAACUAUACGUCAGCGACACAAGUCCACAACAAACAACUCCUGGGAAUGUCUACAACAGGCCCGAAUUGGACUUCGACACGACGGAAGAGAGAGACGCUCCCUCGUCUCUUUACGAUUGCAUCGUUGUGGGUACUCUCAACAUGAAGGAAGCUGCGCAACUCAUACUGGACCAAAAACGAAAUGGACAGUUCAACAAAUCGAUUUACGAUGAGUUCGUAAGAUCGGAGGCCGCUUCCCGUGUGCAAAACUUCUGCUUCGAUGGACUGCUGGACCUCGACGACGCCGUUCUGGAGAUGCGCUUAUGUAACCUCGCCAAUUCCCUGCUGGGUCAAAUCCAGUGCGCCAAGCUCGACCGCAGCAACCGGAUGAUCGAACUGACCGGGCGCGAGCUCAGUGGUGUCGGAAGUAAGCCCACAAUUUCGCUAAGAAAUUGUGUUCGGAUCUGGAACAUCGAAGGACCUCCCCCAUUCAUUACGACGCCAAUGGAGGAGCUGAUCGAAAACUACAAACCAAAGGGGAGCAACAAUCUUUUCCAGAUGUUUGCGUGUUUUUACCGGUUUCUGGUAAUGAGAAUAACUGACCCACCGCAUCGCAUCCAAAGCUACUCUCUGCGCCUGAAUGGCAAGCGAGGACGCAAGGACUCUUUGGAAAAUUUACCACGCCACAUCGAACACCUAUUACUGGAUUUCGUCGAAGAUCUUAUUGGAUUCGGCCACAACGAGCUGAAAAGUGGGGCACGAGCCAAUACCACCCAUUCAAAAUAUGUGCUAAGCCUCGGCAAUACGGAUGCAGAACGACAAGCAGCUCUGGAUGCGAAGGUGCAGACCAGGAUGGUGUACAGGAACGAACUGUUCAAAGCCCUUCAGCUAGCUCUUCGAGACGUGCGCACGUAUACCUAUGAUGAAAGCAAAAAGGUGUGGAUUGCGGGCGACAGGAAGUUGAAGCGGGCCAAGCUGGACGCCUCAAUAAACUUGAGGGAGGCGCUGGAGGACUCUAUGAAUUUGACUGAAGCCUAUGAUCAAGAAAACCUGGUACCAGCGUCACAGUAAUCCACGCAUCAAUUUAUGUGGUAGAUUUGUAUUUGUAUGUAAAAUAUAUAGAGCUUUUAUAUCACGGGUGGCCGUAUAGGCUAUUAUUUUGUACCGUCUGAGAAAUUCUUUUGUUUGUUAAUGUCUGCAUUGUUUUUUUGAAACAGUUAAAUGAAGUGAUUGCUGAC